AAGGUAAUUGAAGCCGAUCUCAAGCUCUCUUUUGCCUUCUCUCUAGCAGACCUAACUAUUGUUGACUUAAAUAUCGGAGUGUUUACCCCGAGGACCAACCUCAGGACUUUGCAAGUUAAUCAAGGAACAGAUUCGAACUAAAGAAAGAUUUGGAGUUCUCAGCAACAACAUUUAGCGCCGUCUGUGGGAACCCAAGCUGAAAGCCUACUCAAUGCUUAAAGAUGGUUAACACAUGCUCGACUCAACAUGGGAGUCCUCAACAAGGCCGGGGAAGAGGUCACUUCCAUAAUAGUAACCCCAUGCCUCAAGUAGUGCCAUCCCCAAUUGCCCAACAUCAACAUGUAGAAGGAACAAGAGAGAAUAACCCACAACAUCUAGUAGUGGUCUCAAGUGACGCCAUAGCUACCCAGCUCAACACUAUGCAACAACAAUUUGGUUCAGAAUGCCUCGAAUACCCUAAUGUGCAAAAUAUUUCCCUCUACAUUGCAUGGCAAUGCUCGAACUUGCAUCCAUCUGCCACAUUUGAUGAGGCCAAUGAGAUGUCUCGUAAGUUCAUCAUAGCUGAAAAGUAUGCUCUGUCUGGCAAGCCUACACCUUGUAAAGAAAUCAAAGUUCCGACCUGGUGGAACGAAAGGCAAAGCAAGAAGAUGUUCAAGGUUGUGCAGAACCAAGGUCCACUUCCUACUUUCAAAGUUAACAGGCCCAAUCCGAACACCUCGCAAACCAGAGCAAAGCAGUUCACUUGGACCCCAUUCAUAUUGCCUAAGCCACAUAUUUUGAUACAAAUCAAGAACAAGAUAGAGCUCAAAAGGCCCCCACUUGAGCUUGAAGGCAUAGCUCACAAAGGGAUGUUGAAUGAGUACAUCUCAAAUAAAGAUCAGCUAAAGUUUGUGCAAGAGCAGGGGCAACAAUCCCAAGGACCUCGAGAUGCAAACAAUAAAACCAGAGUCGAUUACCAACAAACCCCACCCUCACUUCCUCCACCCUCAUGCAUCAUUCACAUGAUAACCAGUGGGAUUGAAGCCGAAGGGAUGAGCUCCAAGCAAUGGAAGCUGCAUGUGAGGGAGUCAAUCCCUGUGGAAAGAGUCAUAAGGCUUAAUGUGGCCUUCGGUUCAGGUUGGGCAUAUGUAAGUCCUUCAGUUCGAUUCCUAGUGGUGAAGAUGGCUUCGUCUUUCAACAUCGUCAUUGAGAGGCCUACUUUGAUAGAGAUUAGAGCUGUCAUUUCACAAUCUCAUCUUUGCAUGAAGUUUCCUACACCUAUGGGAGUGGCGACUCUCAGAGGCAACAAAGAAAUAGCGACAUUGUUAUAUGACCUUAGUUGCCCGACCUUGGAAAGAGGCACCUUGGCUAUCAGAGCCAUCUCAGUUAUUAGAGCCACCUCUUUCAAAGGCCACAAGCAACCAUCAAGCAAGUGGAGGAUGUGCAUUGAUUACACCAAUCUUAAUGAUGGUUGCCCAAAGGAUUGCUACCCCAUGCCAAGCAUAGACAACCUAAUGGAAGCCACGUCCGAAAAUGAAACACUUAACCUCUUGGUACAAAUGGCACCUGAAGAAGAGGUAGAUUUUACAGAAGCUGGAAUGCUUAGGCAAGCUCAUCAAGUGGGUAGUGGAGCUGGGGGAAUUUUAGAUCAUGUUUCAGCAGAGGUCGACAAUCCGAGCUUAAACCUUAGCAAACUUUGCGCUAGAGCAGUGUUGAUCAAACUUGAGAAUUUUCGAAGUGAGCACGCACUAAAGUUCAACUUCAAGGCAACAAAGAAUAUGGUUGAGUAUGAGGCGCUACUACUUGGACUCCGUUUAGCAACCGAGCUCAAGCUCACAAAGGUCCCAAGGGUAGAGAAUGAACAUGCAGAUGUCCUGUCAAAGUUAGCCUUUGAUAGCUCUAGUGGAGUGAGAUCCAUCUAUAUUGAAGUCCUUAGUGAACCAAGCUUUCUGACGUCGAGGGUGAUGGAGAUCAGUUUUGAUCCCGAAACUCCCAGCUUGAUAGACCCUAUCAAAGCUUACCUUCGAGAUGGAAUUAUCCCAACCCAAUGGGGAGUAGAUCUUCUCAAUCCCUUUGUCAAGGGUGUAGGGGGAGUGACACAUUUAGUUGUGGCUAUUGACUAUUUCACAAAGUGGUUGGAAGCUCGACCUCUUUCCAAUUUGACCUCUAAGAAGAUAGAAGAUUUUGUUUUCAGUUCUGUCAUCUGUAGAUAUGGAAUAUUGAAUCAAAUCAUUGUUGACAAUGGACCUCAGUUCAAUUGCACCUCUUUCAAAAACUUUGGCUCCAGCUAUAAGAUUAAGUUGGUGUUCACUUUAGUUUAUCACCCCGAGGCGAACGAAAUGGUCAAGUCUAUCAACAAAGUUAUCUUAAAAGGGAUCAAAUCGAGGUUCGAUCAGCUUAAAGCUAAAUGGGUAGACGAGCUCAACAAUGACUUCUGGCCUUACCAAACUAUGAGCCGAACUGCUACAUGGUUCACUAGCUUUGAAACUCGCUUCGGCAAGCUAGCGCCAAACUGGGAAGGCCUGUAUGUAAUAGCUGAAGUACCUCACCCCGACACCUAUAUACUUCAGGAUGCUGCGAGCAAGAGGGUUCCCAAAGUAUGGAAUGUAAACAACUUGAAGAAAUCUUACCCUUAAUAAAAUGUUAACCUCAUUUUAUUAUUCAUUUUUUAACCUUAGUAAUGUUACUUUAAUUUUUGGAACCAAGGUCAAAACUUGUUUGUUUAACCUAAGCUCCUCAUUUGUUGAGCCAAGGUCAAUUUUUGCAGCUUCAUGUUUUACUUAGUCAAUUUCUGUUUCAGUUUCAAUUUGGAUACCGAUGUUAGAGCUUGGGUUUAAAUACUAAAAACAAACAAAAGGAAUUCCUUGAA